AUGUUUUCAAAUAAGUCUGAAGGACUAGCUGGAUCAGAUUUCAUCAGCGCCCUCCUUCAGGCAGUCCAGCAGCCCCUGCGCAAACUCUUCUGUGUGCUGUCCUGGGAGGACACUCUGGAAAAGAUCAAUGAACUGGGAAACCCAAAGACCAGAAAGACCAAAGAUGUUCCUAUGUUUUGUGAGGUGACUGAAGUUGCAAAGUCUAUAAUGGAGGUUGGAGAGGAAAUUACUGUGGAUCUGAUGGCAAAAUUAAUAAAGUUUCAGCUUCUGACCAUCAAAAAUAAUGACAUUGCAAGGAGGGCUGCUGAACAGAAGGCUAUAGAGGACAAUGCCCAUGCUAAAGGCUAAGGAGCAGCAAAGGGGAAGAAAGCUGCCGAGCUUCCAGUUCCAACCAAAGACACCAAUCUCAAACGCAGAAGGGAAGAGGAAAAUAUAAUCAAAUACAUAGAUGAUGAGCCUGAUGACGGGCCGCAGCACUACAUCCUGAUUGUGGGGUUCUGCCAGCCUCAUUUAAUCUCUGCAUUGGACGGUCUGGGUAUCCACAUGUCCAAUAUCAUUAAACUGGGCUUAGACAGAGAAGAAGAAUUAGAGGCUCCAGAGGAAACAGUGGCAGAUGAGAAUCACCACUCAACUGAAGAUCAAGAAGUAGAGACACUUAAACAAAAGAGGCAGUGGGAGCUAGAUGUGUUCUGGAAGCAGCUGGAUCAAGUCUUGAAGAGUGGGAAUAUGGGAUCCAGGCUCAGUGAUGUUGCCAGGUUGAACUAUAAAUUGAAGAUUAAUUUGCUGCCCCAGGACAAAGGCAACACUGAAGCAAUGGUGAAUGGAGAACAAGAACUGACAUUUGGAGCUGCUAUAUUUGAGGGGGUGGCAUGUCUUGUAUAUGACAGCGUGGACUGGAGGAGACAGUACAGCCAUUAUCUCAGCUGUAUAAGGUUUAUCCAGGUUCCAGAGGCCUGCAGAUCCAUCCAGCAGUCCCGACCGCAGAGCUCCACUGAGGUUGUACAAACGCCAAGGAAGAAAGUAGCGUCAGAGGAAGACCCUGGUACAAGACAUGAUCCAGUGUCUCCUGUUCUGAGCACAGAGGUGGAUAUGAGAUUCUACUGUGACCUACUGGACAGGAUUCCUACUGAAAUCACAUCUGUACCUUUUAUACUGCAUUGCAUGCUAGAGCAGGUGGUGGCUUCAGAACAGGAAGGAUCUGUUGAUUCCGAAGAGAGUUGUGAUAAAACAGAUCAAGAUCUAAUCAGUUACAUGCUCUCAUCUGUGCUGAGCCUGCCACAGGAUGAAGAAGACGAUAAGGAUCUUGAGAUGCAGAACAGCCCAAAGAAUACUGAUCAGAAACACCCGCUCCUGCUCAAUCACCAUGAUGAGAGAGCGAGAAGACUCCAUCAGCUUCCUGUGAGCAUGUGAACAUACAUUCACAAGGCUCAAAAUGAAAAAACACAAAAAUGUGGUCAUGAAGCAACUGUACCAGAUCUCCAGAAGUCAUUGAUUCGUCAGCUGGAACACUGGAACUAUGAAGAGAAGCACAGUGCUUAUUUUUUCCCACAGCAGAGACAAUGCAAUAUAUGUCAUCUGCCAAAAUCCCAUGAGCCCUCAGAGGAGUUGCAAAGAAUUCUGGGACACAUCACUCCACACAGAUAUAGGCUUCAGGUACUGUGUCUCAUCGUCAAAAUUUUACAUAGUCUUCUCAUUGUUUUGCCCAAUCCAGCUGCUAAUGGAGUCAAACCAGAUUGUGAGACCGUGAAAUUUGGCUCUUUUCAUGCUGUACUGGCCAAUGGCAUUCAGCUCUCCUGCAGUCAGAGCAAACUGAAUAAAACAAGAGGUCAAACUCUCCAACCCCCUGUGCCCAAUGCCAUCUGUACAUACCAGCAACUACAGGAACAGGUGCCUGAGGUAUAUUGUGAGCCCAGAGAUGAUUCCUCUCUUUCACUGUUCCUCAAUCUGUAUGUAUCUCUUCCCAAUGGACUCAUCCUGCACUUUGAUUGUGAGGACUCAGCAGACACAGAGAACAUUUUUUAUAAUGCAGGGUCUAGAUCAGAUCUAACCCCAGACGUCAGCAUACACACUGAAGUCUCCAGGGUCAUCACCGGCAGAGGGACUGUCAUCAAACAUAAGAGAGAUGGAUCUACUGAGGUCCUAUUUGCAGAUGGUACAGUCAGUACGAGUCCAGACUCUGGACCAGUGUGUGUGCUGGUUCCACACACACUCAUAAAGGAGGAAGAUCCUAUUAAAGAGAUGACAGUGGACACCAAAGACAAGAAAGGCAAGGCUGAUUCUAAGGUAAAUACAGAGGAUGAGCAACAAAAGUCCACAGAAAAUGAAAAAACAAAAUACUAUCCCGAGAUUAACGGGGGCUCUUGGACCACCACAACCCCGUUUGGCUUCAGAGUCGCCUCUGUGGCUAGAAAGGAAGUUAAAGUGCAGCCGAUACUGGCCUAUCAUGCUACAGACCCCUUCAGUGGGACAGCUGUGGUCACAACAGAGGACAAAGUGCUGUCCGUGCUGAAGAAAGAUGGAAUGGUGUUAGUGGAUCACGCUGAUGGGACGCGUAUUACCACCUUCUACCAGCAGGGGGAGCUGCAACGACAUCUGAGCUCAGGAGAGAAACUGGUUCGGGUGGAAAAAGCUGAAUUUGCAACGGUGAUAAUGGACUAUGAGGGAGGAGCAUGUGAUGUUAAUUUUGUGGUUGGCACCUCUAUCAGUGCAACUGCGCAUAGAUCAUAUAAAAUUAAUCCUCAUGGUGCAGGUGUUCUUCUUAUUGAUGAGGAUGGUGGGGCGGUGUACACAUCUAACCAGUCUCAAGAACGACAUGAGAGGAACCCACUAGGCCAAUAUGUGAUGAACCACAGAGCAGAUGUCCUAUGUCAUGUGACAGACCCCGAGGGGAACCACUUACAAGUUAAUGCAGAUGGUCAGAUCACUAUCACGGCUAAUGGAACAGAAACAGAGCUUCACCAGAAUGCUGGCUUUAAAACACACCCACCCAGGUAAUUUUGCAUAACAGAAGACUGUUCAGCUUUAGAGCUGCUGAGAGCUCAAGAUGUGGAAGAUCUCCUACAGAAGGCUUACAGUGACUCUUCUAUUGCCAUCCUCACUGACCCACUACCAGACUCACAGCAAUCAUUUGGCAUAACUCUGCUAAGGCCCUGCCCAGACAUCAACUCUCAUUGGCUUUCAUCCAAGCAAGAGGGUGACAUCAUGCCUACACACCUCAAAUCCAGGAAAUGGGAGUCAUUCCCUGCAUCUGAGGUAAUUCAUAAUCAUUGUAGAAAGACCCCAGCCCCCUCUUUUGGGACUACCCUUGGUUGUAGUCUUGAGUUGAAGGAAAAACCGCCAAAGUCUAGUUCCAUCCAUCCGGUUUUGGAGUGCCCUGAUGUGCUGCUGGUGCGUCAGAUUACCCAGAAUCCACCUGUUACUGAAGCACUGCGCAGAAACCUGCAAGACAAAGUCAAGGCGUAUUUGGAGCAGCUGCUGCAGAGAGAGAAUCAGUGGGAGAAGAUGGAGCUGAAGGACCCACGUUUAGCAAAGGAGAAAGUUCAUCAGAAUGAUCUACUGCAGCUUGUACUGUCCCUGCCUGAUGCUGUAGAUCCUCCAGUUGCAAUGGAGAUAAGGCUUCUGUCAGCUGAUGUGGCGUCUCUCUAUACUCAAGCAGUGCGAGCAGCUCAACAUCCCCACAAGCUACAGGAAAAUAGAGAAGAGAAAGUUACCAAGUGUGUCAAUAAAAAGAAGCAAAAGUCACUGUGGGAAAACAAGAUUAACCAGCACAGGCUAGAACUCCAGGAUCAGAGAAGACACAGAAAGGCACUCAGACACCAUAUCAUUACUCCAUACUUUCACUCUGAACUGAAGGAAAUGUCACUCUUUACAGAUGAGGCUAGUACAACCAUCUGAGUAUUUCUUAAGAGCUUAAUAGCAACCAGUUUGUCUGCAUUGUUUAUUUAUAUCAAAGAUUCCUAAAUAUUUUUAUCAGUCAAACCCUAAAAUAUUUGCUUUAAUAUUUACCUUAAUAUUUCAAAAAUGUACCACAUUUGCAUUUUCAUGAUUC